CCUCCUGCCUCCAUCCCUCCAAAAUCCCCACCUGAGGUUAAAAGCAAAUCAAAAGACUUAUCCAACACUCUACUUGUUUUAGAAGAUGCAAAGGCUAGAGUUAGAAAUAUUAAGGAUUUUGAACUAAUCUCACAUUCUGGGAAAAAAUACAUCUUCCAUAAAAUUAGGACUCAUCGGGUCCACAGAAAACCCAAAGUCAAAAGGAGUCGAAAGUUCAGAAAGAAAAGUUCACCCAAUAGAAUGAUGCUUGCAAGCCCUCCGUUCUCUGUAGGGAGGAGUCUCAUAAAUUCCCCUCCGCGAGAGGCUGUUUCAUCUUCAGGAGAAGUGACUGCUCAGGAAAUUCCUUUUCCAGAAUUAUUUUCUCUUUCAGACCCUUCGAUAGAAAACGCUACUUCAGAAAACAAUACUGCACAAAAUGUUUCUGAAGAAAUUAUUUCUACAGGAAACUCUAGUCUGCCAGGAGGAACCAGCCCUGGAAACACUACCCAUAGGAACGUCUCCACUGCACAUUCUACUGUUGCUGCAGACAACAGUAUGCCAACUGUUCAACACACCAACGAAACACAAUGGGAGUAGCACAACACGGGCGCUGAAUUAUCCUCUAAGCCCACAGGCUUCACUUUCCUAGCGUUCACAUCCCCGGGUGAUCAAGUUGAAACUCAGCUAAAGCAGCAGCUGCGGUCCCUCAUCCCCAACAAGGACAUGCGAAGGCUCAUUUCUCAUGUUAUCCAGACUCUGAAAAUAGACUGCUCGGAGACCCACGUGCAGCUGGCCUGUGCCAACCUCAUCUCUAGAACAGGCCUCCUGAUGAAGCUUCUCAGCAAGCAGCAAGAAGUAAAGGUGUCCAAAGCGGAAUGGGAUACGGACCAGUGGAGAAGUGACAGCUCUGUCAGUGAGAGCACAGAAGCCCAGAGUGAGCAGAAAGAGCAGGAGUCAAGUGAGCUCACAAAAGAAGUUCCAGGAUGUGGCUGUAACAACAAACUCAUCUUGGCAAUAUCUGUAACUGUAGCAGUGACGAUUUUGGUUACAAUUCUCUGUCUCAUUGAGGAUCUUACCUAGCCGUAUGGCCUGCUGCCUCUGCCAAUUUAAAAAUACUAUUGAGGUUGUCUGUAAGACAGUCAAGCUGCGUUGUGACAGCGAAUGCCUGACAGACGUCACACGUUGUGGACCUCAAGUAUUAUUCCAUUGAUUUGUUGAACAUUCCACGUUGACAAACAAUCUGGCAACUCUCGUAACAUAUACCCUAGAUCCCUGCCCAAAUUUUAGCAAAGAGCCACGGCGGACAUAGUGUUUUUUUCUGUAUAGAG